AUGAUGCGAUUCGUUGUUCUUCUCGCUCUUAUUGCUUUCCCAUUCAUCCUCGCUGCUCCCGAAAUAGAUUCGGCAGAUCAAGCAUCUGGAUUGGAUGUCUUGUACAAAAAACUGAUGAAAAAACAAGAAACAGUAAAGAAUGCUCGUCUGAUUGACUUCAUCAGUAGAGGUGCUCCAUCUGGAGUUGAUGCUCCAAUCCCUUCAAUUGCUGAAUAUGAAACAUUCAAAUCUGACAAAUCUGUGAACUUUUUGAGUGACGGAGCUGGACAUAUCGUGUUCCGUCAAUUCAGAAGAAUCAGAAUCUCUGAUUUACUCGGAUCCCAAAUGAAAUCUCGAGCAGGACUCCGAUUGUAA